AUGAUUGAAACUUACAAUGUGGGUGAGGUGAAAAUUUUCCAAGACAUGUGGGAAGCAAGGAAAAAAUUUGUGCCAGUGUACUUCAAGACAAAGUUUUUCCCAUUCAUCCAAACAACAGCUAGGAGUGAGGGCACAAAUGCUUUGUUCAAGAAGGGGGUUGGUGCACAGUUCAGCAUGACAAGCUUCCUACGAGAAUACCAGAGAAUACUAGACAACAUCCAUGCAAAUGAGGAUGAGCUUGACCAUAAUGCAAAGCACAAAAAAGUUUCCUGGAAAUCAUUCAACACUAAGUACUACAUCGAGAGACAAGCACACAGCCUGUACAACAUAAGCAUCUUCAGAAAAUUUCAGCUCAUUCUGAAUGAUGUAACAAGACUGCAAAUUAGAGAAGAGGAAAAAAUGAAACUAUACAUGGUGUACCAGGCAAAGAACUACUACAAACAAGAACACGAGACAAGGCUUUAUGUGGUGCAAGUGGAUACUGAGAAAGAAGAUUACUCCUGCAUUUGUUGCAAGUUUGAAAAGGAUGGCAUUUUGUGUUCUCAUAUUCUGAAAGUGAUGGUGCACCUUGAGGUGGAUAAGAUACCAGACAAAUACAUAAUAGACAGAUGGAGGAAACAAGGCAAGAAAAUGAAUAAACCCAAGGAGAUUCCACUCAUAUUAGAUAAUGACGAACUGAGAUACAAUGUCCUAGGGAUGAAGCUAAUGGGGCUUGGUUCAAACGCAUCAAAGAGUCAAAGGAAGUUUGAAUACCUGGUAUCAGAAAUGUUCAGGAUUCAACAACACUUAAUUGAUAUGGAUAGAGAAGGAGAAGAAGAGAUGGAUGGGCAAGGAGAACAAACAGAGGAGAGCAACAGAUCCAACAAGACAAUAGGCACACUGACAACUAUGGUGCAGAGUGGGGGCAGCAAUUCAACUGUUGGGCUAUUGAAUCCUGAUAAGGCACACACAAAAGGGCGCCCACGAAUGAUGACCAUACAAGAACGCAUAAAAACCAAGACAUUCUACAAGUGCAGCCACUGUAAUGAUCCGGGUCACACAAAAAGGAAAUGCACUAAUCUGGAUAAAGUAUACGAUAUCCCCAAAAAGAAGAGAUCUAGGAAGACAAACCAGCCAAGCACGGCUGAUGGAGGGCAAGGACGGCAGAAUGCUAGGAGGGAAAAGAACAAAGAGAUCUACGCUACCAACAUACCUACGGAUGAGGUCUCCCAACUGCAACAAUGA